UAUAAAUACAUAACUCAUUCAGUAGUGUAAAACAGUUUAUUCUACAGUUCGAAAAAAUGAGGGUGGUUUGUAUUUUAGCGAUAUUGGUAAGUUUAUCUGAUGCAGAACCAAUCUCAUCGUUCCUUACUGAUGGAGAAAACAAGACUUCAACAUUAUUGGAGAGCAAAGACCAGGAAUGGAACGAUUUGAACAUCCUACGACAAAUGAUUAACCAAGAGACUGUCAUCCGCCUCGCUUUGGUAAAGAAUGUCCAUGCACUGGUUAAUGACGUUACCCUUAUAAAGAAAAGUCUAGCUGCAAGUGAAGCAAGAUUUACCGGACAACAGCAGACGAUUGAUGCAUUAAAGAUUCAGGUGGACUCUCUUCAACAGGAAAAUAACGAACUAAAGAACAGUAGCAGGAUAAAUGAGGCCAGAAUCAUGGAGCUCGAAACUAAAUUACAAUCAGUUAAGGAGAACUUUAGUACUCUGCGCGACGAAUUAAACGUCAUCCAGAAGGAUUCAGACGAGAAAAGGCGAGAAAUGUUUAACAAAACUCAUAGUAUCCUUGAUGAUAUCAAAAUAGAGGUACGCUACCUCUCGGUCACGCUGUUAGAUUUCAAGGAAAGCACGGAGACUGAAAAUGAAUCGAGGGAUAAAAAAUACGAAGAACUUGAACGGUAUUUUAACAAUUCAUUUGAAGAAUUAAAAGCGGAAAUCGUUCAAACCGAACUUAAUCUCACUAAUAACAAAGUGCUCAUUCAAAAUCUAGAUGAUUCUCAAUCGGAAAUUAGAGGAACCUUCACAGAAAUCUUGAAUAGAACAGUCACUAAGCUUAAAACACAGUUAAAAAUGUCGGAGUAUGAGCAGCUUAAACUAUCGUCUGCUGUGGCCUCUUUGGAAGUUGCCAACAUGAACUUGUCCAGAUUGAACUGCGAUAGGAGUAGCCACCAUGCGUUUACAGCGGGUAUAUCAUCAAGUAAUUCUGAUUGGACAGGAGACACCCUAGUGUUCCCCACAGUAAUCUACAGUGAAGGAACAGGCUACAAUCCCAGUACUGGUAUCUUUACAGCGCCAACAGCGGGGACAUAUGUGUUCUAUAUCUCUGUUCAGUCUGCCCUUCAAAAAUACAUCUGGGUAGACAUAGUUUUGAAUGGAUCCACUAAAGUCAGGGCUCUAGCUUGGUACGACAGUGGGAGUAGCAUUAGAAUUCACCAGACCGGAACCAACCUGGUUAUCUUACAUCUACAGACCGGGGACAGAGUGUGGGUCAGACGGAAUGGUGGCACCGGGUACCAUAGUGGUACCUAUUGCAUGACAACUUUUUCUGGAUUUAAGCUUCACUAGUUAAAACAUUUUG